AUGGAAAUUAAGAAGAGGAUAAAAAGUAGAACAUCCACUGAGGAGAAAGAAUUAAUUAGAAGGACACACCUGAAUAAGAACCACAAAGAUGAAAAUCUGAAAAGCCUUAUACAUUGCAACGAUUCGGAGGAUAGAAAACACACAGAUAGCAAUUCCAACAUUCUAAGUAAUACGUAUGAUAACAUCUAUGACGAGCUCUCAUCAAACUAUGAAGAUAGUGCUUGCAAGUCGAAUGACGACCUGACCGAAUUUUACCUUUACAAAGAAAUUAACAACCAUAAGUAUAACAACAAUUUGUACGACUUCUACUUGAAUAAGUUUAAUAGCAACAUCGAAGAAAAGGAAAGGCUGAAUGAGUCCAACGUGAGCCUCAUUAAUAAGAUCUCUCGCAUGAAAAAGAAACGCAACUAUGGAGACAAAAAUGUUGAACAAAAGACAGGAAGGGUGAGAGACACAAAUGUGAAUGAAAAGACGACGGGAGGGAAAGACCCAGGGGGAGAAGAAUCCCCGCAGGAGGCAUCAUCCACCUAUCGCAACGCCAUGAAUCAUCAUACAGACCCGUAUGAUAAGGAGAAUGAGGAAAAAUUAGACGAGAUGAGAAAGAAAUAUAAGCAUAUCAUGCUUUAUUCGUUCGAAGAACCACUGAAUGGUGACUCGACAAAGGAGCAUUCCACAAAACAAAUAGACCAGAUGAAGAAAAAAAAAAGUAAAGAACAAGGUGAAGACAAAAAUGGAGGAAAAAAUGAGGAGAAGGAAAAUUUGUACAACAUAUACUUCAAUACACUGAUAAACAAAUGUGAUUACACCAUUUCAUGUUACAUGUACAAGAAAACGAAUGCCACACAUAUUUAUAGAAAAAAAAUCCUAGUUUUAAAGAAGCAUUUCUUAAUUUUAAAUAAAUAUAAACAGAAUAUUAAUAACAUCUACAAGGUUAUGCACCGAGACGUAUAUGACAUAUCUCAUUCUAAAUAUGGAGAUAUUUACAAAAGUUCAAACAACAUUUACAAUUUUAGUGUGUAUGCGAAACGUUUGAGCAAUACGGAUGGUACUUCCACCUCAGAUAAUAGUAAUUUCUUUUCCUUAAAAAAAAAGAAGAAGAAAAAAAAAAAUAAUUACAAGAUAUCAAAUGAUGGAUAUCAUUUCAAUAACGAGCAUAUUCGUUUGGCUAAUCACAAUGUGAAUGUUAUUAUCGAGUUGAUCAAUUUAAUGAAAAUUAUUUCUAUUUAUGGUUCCAUAAAAAAGUAUAUGAAAAUACUUUUCUUCAAGUACACGAAAAAUGUCUUUUUGAAGAAUUACGAGUUGUAUUAUUCUUCUCCAAAAUAUUUCAACGUGCUGAAAAAAUUUUACAAGUCCAUUCAUGCCAGUGCUUAUAAUUACAUAUAUGUAAAUAUUUUAAAAAUUAGGAACUUAGAACAAAUUAAGUAUAAUUACAUAUAUGCUAUAAUUGACGUGGAUAAUUUUUUGUACCACUACAAGUAUGAGUACAAUAGGGAUAUGUUCAUACCACUUUUCACGGAUAGACAGAAUAAAGUAAUAUUUUACUUUUACACAGACCUGGAUUUGUAUCUAGGACAUUUUAUUCUACACAAUUAUGAAAUUGAGAAACACAUCGAUUUUGAUUUGCACAAAAAAGCUGAACUGAGUAGUAUACAAAUCCAAACCGACUUUUUUUUAACGAAAAAUACCAAGUACAAGAAUACAUCCAUGUACAGUUCCACGUCGUCCAACAGGACAGAAAAGUUAUUCGGCUCCUUUUGCAAUAAAACGAAUGACCAAGUGACAAAUGGGCUUUCUCUCCUGAAUCAGAAAAAUAUAUUUUUUGAUAAGAAUUAUUUUUUUGUCAGAAAGUUACAUAAUGAUCAGAAAAAAAGUGCACAGAAAAAUAGUAAAUAUGAAUCCGACUUGAAUGAUGAUAAUUUAUAUGUCCAUAUAUUUAUAUAUAAAAGUAAGAACCGAUUUGAGUAUUUGCUACCAUCUCAAAACACCACCAAUGUACUUUGCAAUGAUGAGGAUCUCUCCAUGACAUAUAACAACGUUAACAAUAAUUAUCAGUUGUUUAAUUUAUUUAUAAAUAACAUAAAACGGACCAUGCAGAUAAAAAACAGAUUCAGCUAUAUCUUCGAUAAAGUAAACGGUAUAUUCGAAUUUAGAAGCUUCAUCAUUUCGAUCAUUUCAAUUUUUUAUCUUUUCUUUUGUUCCUACUGUAAGAAUUACAUACACAUUGUUCUCCUUCUAACCGUGGCAUUUCUGAUAUACAUAAAUAACGAGAAGAAUUACGAUUUUUGCAGAAACAUAUUGUACGAUUUUCCCAUUCUGUACCUCUUUUUUCCUCAUAAAAUUUUGUGCAAAAUAUCGGAGAAGUCUAGUUUGUACCACCUGCACACCUUUCUGCAUAUUUUCAUUUUGCACAGAUUUCCCUCCUUCUUUCAAUACCUGUAUAAACAUUACAAAUCCAGAUGCAUCUACUUCUUUUCCUACACCCCUGCUUAUCUGGGAAAAUACUGCAAUCAGCACUUCUUAGAUGGAGAGAGUAGUGAGGAAAGUAGGAGUAAGUCCUCCAUGGGUAGGCCCUCCAAGGCGAAAGGAAGUAGAAGGAAGGGUUUGAGGAGCAAGGAUAGGGAGACGAAGGCAAAUUCCAUUUUAAGCCCAAUCUAUGGAAGCAAUCAAGAGGAGGGGAAAAUUGUAACAUGUAAGGUAGACAAUAAUACCGUCUUGGUUCGUACCAAUGUAGUGAAUAACGCUAUUCCUGGGAACGAAAAGAGAAAAAAUAUCCCCGAAUCAAGCGGUAACAUCAUUCGAGACAGAGGAAAUGCCAAUUGGGUGGAAGAAAGCAACUUCAAUUUUGAGGAUAGCAUGACGGAUGGUAAAAGUGAUCAUGGUCAGAAUAACCAGGGCUCGGGAGACCUACUCUUUUCAGGAGAAGAGGAGAAGAAUGAAAAGGAGGGGGAAGACGAAGAAGGCAGUGAGGUGCACAACUUUCCCCCCCAACAGGGCGAUGAUGCGGAGGACAAAAUUCUGAACAAAAUGGGAGGAUACUUUAAAAGUAAAAGUGCAGGCAAUGGGGGCACGAGCGAUAAGGCCGUUAUAGAUUGGAACGGUGAUGAGGAUGAGAAUGAUCCAUUCAAAGUAGACAGUUGUAUUAGGAAUGAACGAGUUAGUAGGAAUACCAAUGGAGGAGCCAACGGUGUAGAUUACAAUGGAACUUACGAUGAGACCAACGUGGAAAAUGACAUGCAUACCAAAUUGAUAAAGAACAACAAACCCUCCCAUAUGAUUAACAACAAUAAGGAGUGGCUAAUGGACUACUUCGUCACGGGGGGGUAUCAAAAAUUUAAUGACUCAGACAAGAUGACGAAUUUGAAGGUGAGCAGUAAAAAGGAUAAAUUGAAUUCUUGUACGUUAAAAAAUAGCUUCUCGGAUAUGAAGCUUCUACUGGAGGUACAAAGAAAAAAAGGAGAAAAACAAAAUUUCAGCGACAUUGAGGGAAAGGAAAAAAAAUGUGUACAUGAGGGGACUUCGAUUCUACGUAGUUCCUUGUCACUCACAGAAGGUAAAAACUAUUUUGAGCAAAAUAGUUCGUUUUUUUCGAAAUAUAAUUAUACCUUUGAUGAAGACGUGGAAAAAUAUUCUGAUGAUCCAGGCAUCAACGAAAUUAUGCUACUCGAUUUGGAAAUUAAAAUUUUAAAUCACAUGAAAAAUAAUUAUUACGAUUCUGCCAGGGUGGUACCACCUAUUGAGAAAGUUCACGGGGACGAAAAGAAUGGAGACCAUUUGGAAGAUCGAAAGACCUGUGGCAGUAGAGAGUUCUGCUUUGAAAUAAAUAACGCGAAAUAUUCGAUGGAUUUAAGUUUAUACGAAAAUGCCAAGUACGUCCACUUCUUCAAAUCCGACAACAGUGUAGAGAAUCGUUGUGCAACCAACCACCACCACGCGAACUUCCUAUCCAACGAGCCCUGUAUCGAUAAAAGCUUGAAAAUUAAAGAUAGAAAAAAUACACAAGGAGAAUGCACUGCAAACAGUUACAGUGAAACACACAGUAGUAAGAACAGAAAAAAGAACAUGUACAGCAUUAUUGAAUAUUUCCCAGGAUAUUUUUACAACAAAAUAGAAAUUAUAUACAUCAAUGUGAUAUUAAUUUUUAUUUACUUUUAUUGCCUUUUGAUAAUCACCGUGCAUGGAGGGCUGAACAACGAUUUUCCUUUAUAUUUUUAUUUCCUAAAUAAAAAAAAAAAAAGAGGAAAAAGAGUGGCAAAACAGAGGGAAAAAAAGAGUGACUGCUCAGAGCACAAUGAAGAAUUGAUCAACCUGGAAGCGAAAAAGAAAAGUGAAGAAAAGACCUACACGUCCAAUUUAAUCUUCAAGUCCAAACGUAUAUUUAGGAAUUGGAAGCAGAAAAGAAAACUGAAUAAAAAGAACAUAAAGCUUGACGUAGGUAAAAAUCUCUCCUCAGAUGCGCCGGACGACCUUAAAAAUGGGAGUCUGUUUGAAAAAAAUGUCGAUACGCUAUUCUGCGAUAGAAAAGAAUGGGGAGAAAGGGAAAAAAAGGAAGAGUUGGCGGAAGCAGAAGGUGAAGAAGACGUGGUAGACGCGGAGGGGGGAGAAAAAGAAGCGAAAGCGACAACGAGUAAGUAUACACCUAGCAUAAAGGAGGAGUUGCCAUCCGAAUCAGAUCAGAAGAACGCAGCACUGUUGACGAAUGGAAGAAAAUCCAGCGAACUUCAAUUAAAGGACAAUAUUCAAAGAGAUUAUGCCAAGGCGCUAACUGUAAAACCUCUACAGAAGAAGAAAGAUGGAAUCGUUACGUUGCCCACUUUAAAUUGCGCAUUUGAGGUACCCAAAGUAGAGUUAUGUAAUAUCGAACAGGGGGAAAUAAACAUGAAAGGGGACAUCGCAGCGGAAGCGCUUCAUAAUAGCAGUGACAAUUUUGCAUUCAAAUUUGGAUAUGACUUGGAAGGAGAUCUUGUAAAUCACUUUCCCGUGGAAUUUCAGCAUAACAAAGAUGCUCAUUUGGUAGCCCAAAAUGUCUAUGAGUGGGAGGAUUGCAUGAGUGCACACAACGGAGGCGAUCAUCGCGGUGAUGAUAUCAGUCGAGGGGAACCUCAGAUAUAUGACGAGAAUGACACGUGGCAGUGGAGCCCGCCAUUUUACGAUGAUGGUCGGAAGAGUUGCUUAAGCCCUCAUCACAGCGAUGAUAACUUCACGGGCCGCUUAAUAACGCACCAAAAUUAUCCCAAUCAAGAAGAACAUUUUAUGCCCUUCGAUGAGAUUCCUUUGAAGGGAUUAAAUAACAACCCUAUUGACGACACCUUCAGUAUGAAGGAGGAGAAACAACAUCUCAUUCGCAACAAAAUUAAAAGGGAUAAAUAUAAUUCCAUGAACGAAUUAAAAGAACCCUGUAAAAAUAUAUUAGGGGCGAAUAACUUGUUCUCACAGGCAAAUGAUCCUGUGUGUAAAGACCAAUGCUAUGUAAGCCAUGAAAAAGGAGAGGAUUUACAUGGAAGUGAUGAGAACCAAAAAAAAACCGUUAAAAAUUUUUUGGGGAAAUUAAAAAAUAUAAAGGAAGAGAAACUUAGCAAAAUUAAAAAUAUGUACAAAUCUGAAAAAUGCAGCAAUCCUUUUAGGAGAGGGUUUCAUAUGAUAAAAAGCAAAAUUAACAGCGAAAGUGUGGAUGAAACUUUUAGCUACAGUAAAGACAACCUUUGGGGGGAGGAAAUCAAAAAGAAAAAGGAAGAAAAAUAUGCAGAAUAUAGUGAAAAUGAAUUUGACACAUAUAAAAAUGAAAAGUUAUUCGAUUUGAAGAAUUUGUUUCAACCUUCUUGUGGAGAAAACAGGGAAAAGUAUGCCCAAAAGGAGCGGCUACAGAAUAAUUCUGAGGUAGGCGUAAUAAGCAGUGGGAGCAAUUACGCAGUUAACCCGUCCUACUUAAUAAGUAACAACGGAAGUAAUUACAACGGAGGAUACAGAAAUACAUUAGUAAAAAACAAUCUUAUGGACAAAAGUUUUAUCUCCAACACGUCUACGUACCAAGAGGGAAAGUUCGAUGAGGAAAAAAAGGAAUACUCGAUGGACCUAAAAUUUAUGCGCAAUUUUAUUAAUUACAAAAAGAACGACUUAGAAUUUGCCACCGUUGACAUGAUUGAGGAGGAAAAAAAAGCACGAGGAAGACAUAUCCUGCAUAACCUAUCCUUCAAUUCUAAGAGGAAAGGAUUGAAGAAGAAAAUCAUUUCGUACGUAAAGAGGAAAACGAAUAAGAAGGAAGAAAAUAAAGGUUACGAAUUGACACCCAUGGUGUGGGUUGAAGAAAAGUUACUAAGUGAUGAAAUGCACCUCGACGGUCAAAACAAUUUAAUUAAUUCGAUCAACUACGAGGAAGAUACUUCUUCCAAUAGGGGAAUCGGGGUAGACCAUGUAGAGAAUGAAAGGGAUAAUAACUUAUCCGUCAAAAAGGACCAAGAUGAGCGUGUGAAUUUUAAAGAAAACAAGGAAAAAAUUAUCCUCCCCUUGAACGUGGGCAAGAGGUCAAAGAAGGGCGCCAACUCGAAUGUUUCAUUCACUGUGCCGAAAAGAAUAAUUAAAAGAAAUCGAGACUAUCUUAAAUUUUACAGGAGCGGAUAUUUUAGCGAAUACGACGUACAUAGAAUUAUAAGAAGGAGAAACAAAAAGAAAUUUGCAUACUUAAACAAUAUGUAUAAUCGUUCAGGGUUGCACAUUGAAAAGAAGUGUGAAAAGGUGGAUAAUCAAUUUAAUAGCAGAAAAUCAAACGAGAUUUUCUCCGAAAAAAGUGACAACCAAAUGGGGGAUAAUAUGCUUAGCGGAUGUACACAUAUAGCUGGAAAAGGUGAGACAACAGACCAUUUGUUAAAUAUGGAACAGAUGGACGGAGAAGAGAAGCAAACACAUAAGAACAUUUUUAGUAAAAAAAAAAAAAUUCUUUUUCACAUGAAGAAAUUUCUCAAAUUUAAAAAUAAGAAUAAAAAGAAUUUCUUUAAAGAUAAGGUAAAGAACUUAGUUAAUAUGCAAAUCGCAAAUUCCUAUAACGAAUAUGAUGACAGGGCAAUCUGUAACGAUGAAAGUGGCCUUGUUGCUCUCCGAGAUUCUGGGGGAAAGCAUGCACCUAAGGCUAGAAAAAAAAUGUUCUUCAUAAAUAUGAUUGAAAAAAGUAAUCAAAAUAUGGAGCUCAAUUCUGCAGACGAAAAUGGCCAUGGCUGCACGUCAUCCGAUAAUAAUAAAACUGGGAUUGUGAAAAAAUUGCAGGACAGUGAAACUAGUGAAAAUUAUUUUAAAUCUAUUCGAAGUAAAAUCAACAAGCUAGGUAGUUCAAAUAGGGUAUACGAAGGGGUAGGUAAUGUGCAGAAACCUCUUGAGCAAGGACAUGUGCUCACACAAGUUAAAAAGAAGGAGAAAACAGAUACGACCGGAAUCAGUAAUCCAGAGAAUAAAUAUGUGAUGAACAAAUCCUCAGCGUCGAAGCAGGGUAGGAAGAGUAAAGCGGUAUGUGCUAAUAAAGGCAGUUACGUUGGCAGUAAUGGCUCUUAUAGGGACGCGUAUGAAGUGACCAAAUAUUCAAAUCAAAGCUAUUUAAAAAAUAAAAAAGAGCGAGAAAAACACGCUAUAACUAUUGCUAUUAGUAAUUAUAAUAAAUUUCUUUUAAGCAAAAAGAAUUAUUACAGUGGUCUGGAAAAAACGAACUUUUAUGUGAAGCUUUAUUGCAACUUUGCACUCCUCCUAAUUAACUACUUUUUAAUUUUCACCAUCACGUAUAUAUAUGCGAACAGUGUGUACAACCUCUUUUUGUGCGCCAAGCAUGUGCACUUGAAAGCAAAAAAAAAGGAAAGAAAAAAGCAGUCGGACUUUAACAGCAUGGUCCGCAUAAUAUAUCAUAAAAACGUUUUUGCAACAAAUGAUAAUUGGAUACAUAUAAGCAAACAUAAAAAUAUGUACAUGAAGAAAAAUAUAUUCGCACAGAUAUUUGUCCAAAAUAAAAGACAAAAUGCAAAGAACAGUGUGAAAUAUGACAACCAAGAGGAGGAGGUCGAGGAGAAAGAGGAAGAUGAAGCUUCAUCAGAUAGCCAACAAAUGAAAAAAACAGACAUACGAAAUUAUUAUUUUAAUCCAAGUAAAUAUUAUGAAGAAAUUAAAAACAAAAAAAAUGUUCUCACUAUGUACAAAAGCGCAAAGACCAAUAUUAAAAUGUUAAUGUCCAAGCAUAUGAUUCUUAAUCUCUAUUUGGAGAAGUUUCUAAAUCUUUUCAAUCAUAAAAAUUUUAACCUCACAAAGAUUGUUAUAUCACUCCUAGGAUACUUCUCCAUUUUAUUGCUUCCGAUCAAGUUCCACCAUUUGGUCAUGGUAAAAUUGUUGCACAUGUACUACAAGGGGUACACGAGGAGAUAUUACAAAAACGUUGUUCGUAACAGCAUCUUGGAGAACAUCAAAAAUGUGAAGAUAAGUUUGAAGCUGUAUAAGCCCAUCUGUUCCUUAAACGAGGAAGAGUGUUGUGCGCUGAUUGAAGAAAUUAACAAAACAUUCAACCAGAAUUUGAAUAUAUCGCAAUUUAAGGAUAUCAAUGAUGAAUACGACUUGGCUAACGUCAUUAUGAUAAAUUUAAGUGAAUUUUCCCAGAUGAAGAGAAUAAUAAGGCAAGAAUGGAACCUCAACCUUCUGAACAAUUCGCCCAAUGAUAAUGCGAACGUGGUCAGUGCGAGAAACAACACGUCCUACUGA